CGCUAUAUUAUUAUAAUAAUAUACAUGUGUCUGUGAUAUCCGUGUAUAUAACACUUGUAUAGCGAGGCAAUAUCACAUGUCAUUUUACUUAGCGGUCGUCUGCUCCUAAUGUUUGAUCGUUUCUUUCUUGAUAAUCACGGGAUUCGUAUAAAGCGCUUGAAAAGGUCGGAAACCGGAACGGCUUUAUCUCUUAAUUUCAUGAAAAAUAAAAACAAUCGAUUUCACGUUAUUUGACAAUAUAGCUUUCUGAUGGCCGCGAAGGAAAUCUUACGGGAAGAGUUUCGUUUGAAACACGUUUGGUUGAAUUUUCACCACCACGAACCCUUUUAUACAUGUCAGUGGAAGUGGCCAUCGUUUAUUUUCCUCAUCUACCGGAUUUUGUUCGCCUGUUAUACGUUUGGAGCCCUUAUUCAGUACGCCAUCAAGGUAACCGCACAUUAUGAAGAUGCCAAGGAAGUGGGCCAAACAGCACAUCACACCAUGGCAUUCUUAACAACGUGGUCUUACAUCAUUCUCACCACACAUUUCAACAUUGCUUGUGCAAUUUGUGUGUGGUCAAUGGUUAAAGCCCACAAAUCAGCUAAAUCUGCAAGAACUGACGUCAACGGGGGAAUCAAGAACCAAGGUUUCAAACACAGCACUGAAGACGUUUUAGCAGAGAAUGGCAACACAGAAAUGAGAAAUAGCUACGUUGACGACAGCAACACUUCAAAGACCCAUCCGGAUGAAAUCACUGGCAACAGGAUCAAACCAACACCGUGGUACUCUAAGAUAUCGUGGAUAUUGGCAAAUAUCAUCUCCGUGUGGGCAGUUAUUGUGUCUUUCAUCUAUUACAUCGCACUGUUUCCCAGUAAUGGCGUCCUCCUAUUCCAUGACGUCAAUGUACAUUUAAUGAACUCGGUGGUCGUAUUAAUUGAUACGGCAUUGUGUGCCCGUCCUGUUCGAAUUCUUCACGUUAUUUAUCCGGUCAUUUAUGGACUUAUUUAUUUAGUAUUUAGUGUUAUUUAUUGGUCAGCGGAUCCAGUCAAUAAUGUUAUAUACCCUGUUGUUCUGGAUUGGAACAAUGCACCGGUAACUCUAGGUGUUGGUAGCGGUUUACUUAUAGUGGUUAUUCCGUCCUUACAGGUGAUGUUUUUUGGGUUGUAUCGCUUGAAACUGUAUAUUUUUAAGAAAAUCUACAAACAUGAAUAUCAAGAUGUGAUCAGUUAAUGAAAGUAAAAUAUUUAUUGUAAGUUUGAAAUAAAAAC